AGGCAGGCAGGCAGGAAGGAGGAAGGAAGAGAAAAUUCCCUAUUUGAUACCCACCACAAAGCGGAAAAAAAAAAAAAAAAAGUUAAAAUGCUAUAAAGUUAAAAACAAAUUUGCAAAAAUCUCUGUUUACAAUUGAAGCCGUUUUUGUUUUUUUUUACAUACCAAAAGGGAAAAAAAUAAAAAAAACAGGACGAUUUGAUGCAAUUAUAUUUAUCCCUACGCAAAACCCUUCGCGCAGUAAAGCAGAUUACCCCCCUUUGAAGCAACAGAGGUCAGGAAAAGGGAGGGAAAACCUGAAUAACACGAAAAGCACGAAAAAAACGAAGUGCGAAAAAGGGAAAAAAUAUUUACCUUUUCAACCCACCCUGGAGAUAGAGAUUUUUUCAGCAUUACAUUUUUCCCCUUUUUUACAACUCGUUUUUUCGCCGGUCUUGCGUUCCUGCCCUGACUGUACGCCCCCCUCCCGCCUUACAUUUUACGCAUUUUCCCCGUUGACCGCUUCCAAAAAAGAGAAUGGAAAAAACGUGGAGAUGUAAUUCCUGCCUAGUGGUUAACACGGAGGAGGCCACAGAAUGUGCGUGCUGUAUGCAAAAGAGGAGCCACGAAGAUGGUAAGACAAACGGAAACAUAAUGAACAAUGGGAAUGAAACCGAUUGUGAUAACCUAACCGAUAGUGAAAAAAAAAAAAAAAAAGAAAACGACGAGAACUCCUCCAUUAAUACAGACACAAAUGUUGAAGCACAUGCCACAAAUUCAACAGAGGAUACCAAACAUAGUGAAAAUGCAAAUGAAGGUAAAGGUGGCAUGUUCGAUGGAGGUGGCUUCAUGCCAUCACUUAAGCAAUCCCCAGAUAUGUCAUCUUCAAAUAAGAGUAUUUUCCUAACGGCCAUCCCCAAUAGCAAUGCCACCACCGCAACGAACGAUACCACAACGAAUGAUACUACUACUGCCACACUUGAGGAUAUUAAUGGGCACGUUAAACAGAACAAAGCGGGGGAGAAUAACUCCACUGGGGAGAAAACCAAGAAGACCAUUGGAAAAGGCAGAGAGAGGAAGAAGGCAGACAAACGAGAGAGGGCGCCAUCUACGCGAAUACAGCCUGCUCGAAAAUGCACACAAAAAAAAAUAUGCUACAAGACAUAG